AUGCAGGAGCCUGGGGAUCUCCGUCAUGCGGAGGUGCCGGAAGUGGUGCAGGAGCUGCCGGUGACCUCGCCCAUGGAUGACUUCAGGCAGCCUCGCUACAGCAGCAGCAGCAACUUCGAGACGCCUUCCAGAAGGGCCCCCACGAAAGGAAGAGCAGGCAGGUCCAAGCGGCCGGAGCAGGACCACUAUGAAACAGACUACACGACUGGCGGAGAGUCGUGUGAUGAGCUGGAGGAGGACUGGAUCAGGGAAUAUCCACCUAUUACUUCAGAUCAACAAAGACAACAGUACAAGAGAAAUUUUGACACUGGCCUGCAGGAAUAUAAGAGCUUACAAGCAGAACUCGAUGAGGUCAAUAAAGAACUCUCUCGUCUGGAUAAAGAAUUGGAUGACUAUAGAGAAGAAAGUGAAGAGUACAUGGCUGCCGCUGAUGAGUACAAUAGACUGAAGCAAGUUAAGGGAUCUGCAGAUUACAAAAAUAAGAGGAAUUAUUGCAAGCAGCUGAAGAGCAAAUUGUCACACAUCAAGAAGAUGGUGGGAGAUUAUGACAGACAGAAAACAUAG